UACCCUUUUAUUUGUCUUUUUAUCUCUAACACUGUUCUGGAUUGAGUUUAUAUUACUAUUUUAUUCUAUUUUAUUUUAUUGUUUUUACUGUUUUUAGUAUUUUAUUGUUUUCAUUGUUUUUAUUGUCUUAUUUAUACCUAUUUGUGUAUGAUUUAUUCUAUUUGAAUAACUGUACAGCACUUUGGUCAACUGAGGUUGUUUUUAAAUGUGCUCUAUAAAUAAACUUUGACUUGACUUGACUUGGGAACGAUUGGGUGCAAUAAACGCAAUAUUAGUAAUUAGUGCCAGUGUAUUUAUUUACCUCUUCUUUGCUGAGUCGCUUUUUCUCCUACACGUCCUGAACGCAGCUUUACUUUGCUCUGCCGCAACAAUGGCUACUAUCUGUCAGAUUUGGAGACCGGACCGAGGACGGUGCUUCAAAACCUACGGGAUUGUUGUCAUUUUACUAAUGGACCUUGCCUUACAGUGUGUUAACGGCUACCUGAGCUCCCCUAAUGUUGGCCAGGAUCCUACCUACACCCAUGCCCAGCAUGGACCUGUCAUCACCAGCCCAGUGGUCCCAGCUGCAGCCUCAGUGUCUCCAGCAGAUGAAGAGAGCUACACCUCCAAGUGUCCCAGUCGGGGUUUGUGUGGUCGCCUGCCAGCUGAUUGCAUUCAGUGCAAUUACCAGCACAACUGCACCUAUAGGAAACUGGCUUCCUUCACUUGUAAACCCAAAAAAGGAGUUCAAUGUAUAGGAGAGUCGGGACAGCCUCAAACCAACUUCUCUCUCUCCAUCACGUGUCAGUUCUGCUGGCAGCUGGACCCGUCCCAGUACCGCUGCUCAAACUCCACCAACUGUAUGACAGUGUCCUGCCCACGCAAGCGCUACAAUGCCACCUGUGACGUGUUGGACCAUGUACAUUGUUUAGGUAAAAGACGUUUUCAGAAACGUUUAUUUUGUAACUGGACUGGUGGAUACAAAUGGUCAACGGCAUUAGCACUCAGCAUUACACUCGGCGGUUUUGGGGCGGACCGGUUUUAUCUGGGCCAGUGGAGAGAGGGUCUGGGCAAGCUGUUCAGCUUUGGAGGCCUGGGCAUUUGGACGCUGAUAGAUGUUCUCCUGAUUGGAGUUGGUUAUGUGGGACCUGCUGACGGUUCUCUCUACAUCUGAAGCAAAGCUCUGGAGACAUGGCAGGAUGGUUUGUGUCCUCUUCCCCUUCGCACCGCUUCACUCUCAAAGAUUGAAGAUCUGAGAGGCUGCGCUCUUGGCACGGUUGCCUGCUCGAGCUCGCUGUGCAACACGUCCUCAUCCCAUCUGCUAUCAGGCAGGAAGUGUUUUCCUCAUUACACCAACGUGACUCUACCCACACAACCAUCAGAUCAAUCCCAAUCAUUCUGCGUCCGUCUCCUGUUGAGUUUCUUCAGACGGAUCUGUGCGGGGGGAGGAGGAGCCAAUCAUUAUGUCUAUAUUGGAGCGACUUAACUGAUAGUUGGGUACGCUGAUAUAUAGAUGGGUUUGGUUUCCUGUGGAGAACUGCUUUCACAGACAUCCUGCCAUCUUGGAGCUGUGUGUCGCUCCUGUCUUAUUGCAAGAUGAAUGCGUCAAUGGGGGGGUCAGAUGGUAACCAUGGCUACAGAGUACCAGAUACAAUAGACAAGAUGAAAGGUAAUAUUUAUGUCCCCCCAAAAAUAUGAUUUGUAGAAAGGAGUUUGUUCAGGUAUUUUUAUUGACGACAGUUGGUCUUGUGGAUGAGUUCAACGGUUAUUUUACACGUUUUAUUUUCCCUGCUUUGAGUCAGGCCACAAUUGUAAGAACAUAAGAUUAAAUCAAAUGUAAGAAAUUGAAAGUGAAUCCCUAAAGUUCUUAUGUUCUAAUAAAAGUACAUGCAUAAAGGUUACUGUACUUUCAUCAUUCACUGCAACAUGUAGUCUGCUUUGUUGGGAAAUUCAGAGAUAAAAAUCUAAGAGUAUGUUUAUAAAUGAUGCAUAUUGACAAACGUGUUGCACUAGCAAACUGCAGUCACUUGUGGUUUCCCGUGUUGAAGAUAUUGGAGAUAUCCUGUACAUUGAGCUGGUAUUUUUCCUCACUCUAUCAUUCUUCAUAUGUUCUGUAUAUUAACACUGUAACAUCUUUGCUUAAGACUGUGUGGCACAAAUGGGCUCACCUCUCACUUGAUGUAGGUAUGUUUUUUUUCAGUGUCAGGUCAAUUUAAUCUGUUUUAAACACUGUAAAUUACUUUUUUUUUAAGUUAUGUGAAUAAAAUUGUUAAAUAUUA